UAGCCGCUUAGUAUCAACCUCUCAAAAAUAACAGUAACCAAAAUCCACAGCACUUAGUCACAUUAACUAGCAGGUCUACAUGAGCAUGUGAUGUUCAUCCUUUUUGACACGGCCACAAUGAUAUCAGUGGGAAGUAUUCUAAUAAUUUUAUUUUUAGAUCGUGGUGCUUCAUCUGAGCACAAUAUUAACGAAAAGGUAGUAAACAUUUUUCCAAGACCUCAAUCCUGGCAAGCUGCUGAAAGAAACUGCGGGAAAAAUGACGAAAAACUUGCUACAUUCAAAAAUGAAGAGGAAAUGUUUCGUGUCGAACGUCAACUAAAUAGCUUCACCAACAAAAGUUUUGUCACGUUUUGGGUUGGAGGCAGGGAGAUUAAAUCUCAGUGGGUGUGGUCACAUGAUCAGAGACCUCAGAUUGGCAGGAUUACCGGGUGUUUCCAAGGUAACCUGACGCUGGCGGUGUACACAGUUCUCCACAAUAACCACCCUGAGCUCUGUACGGCAUUCUGUAAAAUCGCGCUCAAGCGACAAUUCGCUGCUCUGCAGGGUCGGAAGUGUUACUGCCUAUAUGACACCUCGAUCCUCCAAGAAGCUCCAAUAUAUGAAUGCAACACGACAUGCGCAGGCAACCCGGAGGAGUUUUGUGGUGGACCGAAUCGUUCCUCCGUCUUUCCAACAUGGGAUUCUGUAGAAUGGGGUUUACAUGAACCAACGAUACAAAGAUACGGGAAAGAUUGCGCCCUGCUGAUGGUUUUCAAUAAGGAAUAUGUUUGGUCCACUGAAUAUUGCAGACAAGAGCACGAGUUUAUUUGCAACGUCAAAGAAAGUGCUAUGUGUGAUUGGUUGAAUCAACCAACUCCUUGUCUGUACGUUGUGUCAGAGAAAACUGACUGGUACACAGCCAGCUACAAGUGCAAUCAGAUGCACGGCCAUCUAGUGGACCGCGACGCCAUGCAUCAUCAUAAUCUGAAUCUUUCGAACGUUUAUUACUGGACGGGAUUGACUAGGACGCGGCAGAUCUGGACCGACGGUUCAACAAUUGACAUGUCUAUGAAACGUCAUAUUCCUUUCUUGUCAACGCGGGAGAAGUUGUGCAUCGCUUUGCAAUACAGACAGAGGGGAGGCUGGGGAUUAACGUCCACUUCCUGCAGCAACAAACAUGCAGCACUGUGCCAGUCAACACUAGGGUAUGAUUUGGAGGAUUUACAUGUAAAUGGACCACCAGGUACUUACAACACAAGUCAUCAUAUUACGCAUGCGCAAACUACACAGACUACGCAUUCAUCUUCAACAUCUAGAGACGCGUCUCACUUCAUCAAAGCAAAUUUGAUGUACUGGAUAGUUGUCCCAACAGUCGCUGCAGUGUUUUUGUUCUUGUCCAUGGUGCUGGUGGGUGUCUACAUUAAACGAUCAAGACAACGCAAAGUACAUGUACCGGAAGAAAAAGCCAUCGAGCCGUUUUAUUAUAUACUAGAAAAGCAGAGUCGCCGACAGCGUAGCGGGAUAUACAAUAACAUAUUUCUUGACAAUCAGUACAUUUUGAACUAUAAUCAAUUGAAUUUCAAGGGAACAUUGAAACAGCUGGUUCAUGAUAGCACAAACACACCAGUUACAGAAGACAAUGCCACACCCCAAAAUCACUACGACACAAUGAAUUGUAAAUUACACCAAUACGACAAGAUAUCACACGGGAGAGUGCAGAUAUACUGUGUACAAGGGCUUUAUGAAACGGUCAUGUGAUUUUACAAUUAUGUCUGCUGCUGCUGCUGCUGCCUAUGCUGUGAUUUUAUUAAGAACAUACACCAUUUUCCAAAUGCGCUUUUUCAUAUAGAUGUAUAUAUAUAUACCGGAAAUAAGUAUACAUUUAUAUACUGCAUUCAUAUACCAAUGUUUCUGUUUGGAUUAGUGGGUCUUUGUUUUGAUUUAGGUACAUGUAUUUUGUACUUUGUUGUUUUCUCCUUUAAAAUUGAUUAGCACGAUUAAAUAUCAUUGAACUUUUUAA